UGCCAAGUUUAUUAUAAACACUGCGCGAGCUGGCCGGUACGCUGUCAUACCGAACACUACGCGGAGGAGUUCAGGGAGGGAGCAAGAGAGACACGGACGUGAAUGGAAAAGGAAGAUAUUCAUACAAACAGAAAAUAAAGACAUUUCAGGAAUAUUGCUGUCAAUGAAGAGAGAAGAACGUGACGAAAUAUAGGCCUAUGGUAAAAUAUAUUAUGGUUUGACGGGAAACAAGAAAACAGAUUUGGAGUGAGGAACUGAUAACUUGGGGACCUAAAGCCGGUCCUUGGAGAAAUUAUAAACAAAUAAACUAAUUCUGUUGUCUUCUCUAGCUCUAAACGUUUUAAUUACUCUCAAAUCCUGAGAAGUUAAUUUCAUCCAGGUUUGCCCCUGAGUUGGCCGCCCUUGCGCCUCCAUGUAUAAGAUGGAUUACUCCUACCUGAACUCCUAUGACUCGUGCAUGGCGGCCAUGGAGGCGUCGGCCUAUGCAGACUUCAGCUCGUGCAGCCAGGCCAGCUCGUUCCAGUAUAACCCGAUCCGGACAGGAUUUGGUGCAAACCCGGGCUGUCCGCCCCUCAGCACCGCGAGCUGCACACUGGGCGCCCUGCGCGAGCACCAGCCCACACCUUACUCCACAGUUCCAUAUAAGUUCUUCUCAGACCCGUCCGGUUUGAACGAGAAGCGGAAACAGCGGCGUAUCCGGACCACCUUCACAAGCUCACAGCUGAAAGAGCUGGAGCGCGUGUUUGCGGAAACCCACUACCCCGACAUUUACACGCGCGAGGAGCUUGCCCUAAAGAUCGACCUCACCGAGGCGCGGGUGCAGGUGUGGUUCCAGAACCGACGGGCCAAGUUCCGUAAGGUGGAGCGUGCUGCUAGCUCUAAAUCAGGCAACGGGACCGGGGGCUCAGGAGGGAGUAAUGGAAGUACUGGUGGGAAAAAGGGUGAGCCUAGGUCUUCCUCAGACGACGACGAAUCGAAAGAGUCCACCUGCAGCCCGACCCCUGACAGCACCGCCUCGCUGCCCGGCUCGGCCAAUGGCAACAUGGGUAGCCCAGCCAGCCUCAGCCCCAGUCCCGCCCCUAACGGCGGCUACUCUAACACCUCCAGCUCCCCUGUCCUCCAGGGGCUCAAACCCCCUGGCUGGCCCAGCCUAGGCCCUUCAAACCCUGGCAUGGCCCAACCCGCAGCCCAGGCUCCUGAGCUGCUGAAGGCGUGGCAGCCAGCAGACAGUAUGACAGGGCCUUUCGCUGGAGUGCUCUCCUCCUUCCAUCGGAAACCCAAUGCCCUGAAGACUAACCUGUUCUAGAGAGAGACACACAGUACUCUCCCUUCUAGAUGAUAAAGACAUGGAGCAGACAUCUCCAGUAUAACUAUAUCUGUACUCCCCUUUCCCCUCUAACUUCUGCUUCUGGAGGGGACCAACCCUUUAAUUUAUUACCACCUGGACUCUAAGUGUCAGUUGUAGUGUGUCAGGGUGCGUGACUGUUUGUUUGAAGUGUGUUUCAUGCAUCUCAUAUGGGGAGU